CAACUUUUAACAACAGCUUUUUAGUGUCAAUUAUUGUAAUUGUACAAACUUUAGUAUGUAUAGUGUGAAAGCACUGUAAUAUUUAGGAAAAGUUCGGGAGAGGCAUGGAUACGUGUAUCUGUUACGUUCAAUCCCGUGGUUUGAUUUGACUCUGUUGACAAAGCAGCCUCAGGCAGGACUAACUUUUGAUUUCAUUUCUCAAAUACCCUUACUGUCACCCUUAUUUUGUCUCUAAUAUUCAUGUUUAACCUGCGUCAGAAUGUCAUUUCAGGAUCGGGACAUUUUAAUAAUGGACAUCGAACUUUCUAAAACCGAUGAAGACUGUGGCAAUCACUCCACAACUGAGGGUAUGGAAAAAACACAAAAGUCUUUGGAGCCCUGUGAGAAACCUGAGGAUAAAUCGUCCAAAUCUAUGCAGGACACUAGCAAUGAGAUUGUGGAAAAGACGCCUGCCAAAGUGGAUGAGACACCUGGAGAAGAGGAAAAUCCAAAACAAACAGGACUAAAGAAGAAACCUAAAAAUCCAUUUAUGCCCCAGGUAGCAGCAAAGAACAAAACAAUGCAGAAGAAGAAUGGAAACCAAAAUGGAGACAGUGGCAGUGACCUUGCAGAGACCAAAGGCCCCAAGAAGUCCCUCAUGGAAUGGCUGGAUGAGUUUCGUUUAAGUGAAACUCAGAGAGAAGAUGAGGAGGACCUUGAUGGCCUCAUGGAUUGGUGGGACACUGUGGAACAAUGGGAAGAGAUGCCUAAAAGUGACAACAUGACAGAGAAAGAGGAAGCCAAGGCUUUUGCUAUAACAGCUGAAAAGGUGCAAAAAGGCAUACGUGUGUUUAAUAAGCUUUUCUCAGAACGGGCAGAAGGACUAUGGCAGCAUGUGAUUGACCUGCAUGCCAUUGCUGAUGGCCUGGACCGCUUCAACAAGAAAACCAAGAUUGCCCAGAUCACUGGUGGCUCCACCAGUGCUGUAGGAGGUGUUGCUACCAUAACUGGCCUCAUCUUAGCACCCUUCACAAUGGGAACCUCUCUGAUCGUCACUGCGGUUGGUUUGGGUGUUGCCAUGGCAGGUGGUCUUACCUCUGCAUCUGCUGGGAUAUCUAGUACCGUCAACAAUUCUUUGGAUCGCAAGAAGGUGGAGCGCAUUGUGGAAGACUACCAGGUGAAGAUGACUGACCUUAACAAAUGCAUGAAGUUCAUCAAACAAGGCAUUACAAACCUACGCAAGUUCAACCUGAACAAGAUGAAGAAGCAUGCGUAUAAUAGAGACUUCCCUUGUUUCGACAAUAUUUACGAGGACGGUGCCAUGGCGGGGAAAGCUGUUCUCACCAAUGCCAAUGAGAUUAUGCGUGUGAUGCAGAUAGCCAACGUGGCUGGAACCACUGCGGCACGUGCUGUGCAGAUUGCUAGUAUAUCCACAGGUGUUCUGACAGGGCUUUUUGUCGGGAUGGACAUCUAUUUUGUGGCCAAGGACUCCCAUGAGCUGAAAAAUGGUGCAAAGUCGGAAUUUGCUGCUAAGAUUAGAGAAGUGGCAGAUCAGCUGCAUGAGGGCUUGAUGGAACUUAACAUAAUCCGAGAUGAGUUGCGGUUUACGACCACUGUGAAAGAAGACAAACCAUCAUGACAAACUCUGUGAACAGUCCUCUGGGUUUAUUUUUACUUUCACACUAGAUUAUAUAACAAAAAAAAAAAGAUUGUAGAACUAUACCGGCUUUCCUUAUCAGCCAGCAAAGGAUAUUUGGGAUCUUAUUUAGUACUUUAUAUCUGCUGCUUGUUAUGGUGUAUUUGCUGCUUUUAUAAGGCUAAAGGAAUAUUAAAAAAUAUACGCUCUC